AUGCCGCCCAAGAUGCCGAAAACCUGUUUUUUUCGCACUCUGUGCAUGGGAAUGAUGAUCCUUGGGGCGUGCGUAGAUGAGGGAUGUACUGACGAAGCACUUCAUGUGCUCCAACGAAAGACUUCUUAUCGCACCAGCUUCGACUUUCAUUUGGAAAAGACAGUGACUCUAACAGGUCUACACGACAAUUUCAAUAUUGACACAGUCGGAGAUUCUAUUCGCGACAUCUUCAACAGCAUCCGAGAUUGUGUUGAUUCCAGUGCCCGACUACGCUUUGCCAUGUGGAUCCGUUUCCUCGUCGAUACAGCGCACUGUGAUGUGAACGCAUCUGUGAACUCUGGAAGUGCUGUGAUGACUAUAUCAACUUGUGGUCAUUUCCCACUGUCCGCCACGUUGUUUCGCGGUCCUGGAGUUCAAUAUGACACCGAUACCAUCACCUUCAGCUCAUGUGCUCAUGACACCAUUUGUUCAGAUCUCCGAUUGGUGAACAAGGCGCCAGUUAGAUUUGCCAUGGCCAAGGGGAGUCAAGGGGCAGCUCACCAGUGUCGAAAGGCCAUCACUGUCUCAUCUCCAGUUGUCUCGCAGAUGUUCUGCCUUGACAUUUGGCUGAGCGCGACUUUGAGAACCUGGACCCAAUUGUCCUUCUCCUACAAGGACAAGGGGAUCAUCACCACAUGGAACAAGAAGGCAGAGGAGGUCUUGGGACACAAGAGCGAAGAUGUGGUUGACAAGGUCUGGACAGAUCUGCUGGCAGAGGGUUGGGUGGAGCGCUGUUUGGAAGCGCUGGAGAAGAUUCAGAGCCCGGGCGAAGAGGUUGUCCUGCCGAUGGUGACAGGUGAGGGCCUACAUUGCACUGUCCGCUUUGUGGUUCGUAAAUUUGGGCGAAGCAGCUGCUUCUUCUUCUCAUGUGGCCACACACCGCCAUCGCCAACGGUGACCAAAUGGCCACUGGAGAUUCGAUCAGUUGAAGGUCAAGGACGAUGUGCCUUCGCAGCGCAUGACCUUGCUGCAAGAGAGCUGCUGCUGGAGGAGGAACCCUUCUACACACGGAUGCCCCCCAAACAGCUGCAAGGCCGCCCUGAGUGGGAUGAGGCCUGGACGGUAGCCUUCAACGGCAUCCGCGCUGUGCUGACAGCGCCCAAAGAUUCUGCCUUCGCUGCAAUGCCGGAAAAGCCUUUACUGGCCAGUACUGCCUUGGUCCGGGAUUUGUUGAGCUUUGCCCUACUACCGGAGACCUUGAUAGGUGCCUUAAUGAACUUCAGCUAUCCAGAUCUUGACUCAGAGCACGCUCUGGUGGACGUGGCCAGACAAUUGGCGGAACUUUGCAAAGAACGUCUGCCUGAGUGCAGGGAUGCUGAUGUGAAGCUGUUGCAAUUGGGCGUCCUUGUAACAGAAAUGAACAUUUUUCCAGGAGGGCGCAUAUUCUGGACAAUGAGCCGGAUCAAUCACAGCUGUGCCCCGAACUGUGUAUUCAGCGCGGCGCCGAAUCGCUGGGGCUUGCGAAGUAUCCGUGACAUCGCAGCCGGUGAGGAGAUUACAAUUUCGUACCUCGGAGAAGAGCUGCUCCUCCCAACCCUGCAGCGCCAAUGGUUGUUAUGGCGCUCCAAAUGUUUCAUUUGCAGAUGCCCUCGGUGUGAAAGCCCAGAGGACCCCCUCCGAGAUCGUGCUUGUAACUCUUGCGCGCCGAUACCAAGACGUUGGCAGGUGGUGCAUCAGCCAGCAGUGUGGCGUCGCAAAGAGCCAGCCACAAAAGGUCGCGCUGUGGCACUGUUGAAGGAGGGCACUGAAUUUGAUGCCACGGGAGAGUUGCGCACUACCAAGGAGGGGCUGUGGGUGUUUGGAGAAGAUUCCGAUUCGAAGAAAAGUGGUUGGGUACUGGUGGAUGGUUCUGCUUUGGGUCUUGGACCUUUGAUUGAACCCAUUGAUCCAGACUUCUCGAACAUUUGGCCUGGCAAGCUGAAAAGUCGUUUCCAGAAGAAGGCAUUGCACCGUCCAGGCGAUAUGCGCGAGUUUGAUUGGUACGACUUGGACAAAGUGACCAGGGUCACGCGGUGGCGCAAGGAGGAAGGCUCGGAGCAGACGAACGCUGCAGGUGAAUCAGUCCCCGUGGUGCGCUUUUGCGAUGGCCAUUGGACUUGCAAAAGUUGCGGAGAAGAGGGGGAAGCUCUUGAGAAAGAGGAGAAAGUGUUGGUAGAGGUGGCGCAGCGCGUAUUUGCCAUGACCUUACCUGAUCAGCGUCGAGCUUCAACUGCUGGCGUGAAAGGCUUGGCCCUCCCAACAGAAUCCUUCGUUCUCUCGGCCCUUCGUCUUGCGGAUGAUGCAGGUUGCCUGUUUGGCCGUCGGCAUUGGAUCUGGCAAAUGGGCUUGCUUUUUGCAGUGGACCUGGAUCUAUCACUCAGCAGGUACACAUACAUGAAGUGGGAUGGUGAGUUCCUGUUGGGCACUGCUUCAAUGCUACUUGAGGUGUGGGAUUGGCUUGCAUCUCUGGAUUUGUCUCAGGAGCCUGGCUAUUUCCUCCACAGUCGUGCCUUGCUGCUUUCCAGGGAGCUGGACAGUGUCGAACCAUCGGAUCUGAUCAAGGACCGCUUUCAGUUCCUCCAAAAGAAGCUGCGCCAGCGACUCGAUUCGCUGUCGCCUGCGGUCAGCAUUUUACCUGGGCGGGACUUCAUUCCGGAGACCCUCUUCAUUGCCCACUGAGCUAUCUGAGUUACAACUGCGGAGAGGAGAAGAAUCUCCCAUGGCGGUUCAUGAUUUUGAACAACUUGGCGGCUUGAUGCGGCUUGAUGCGGCUUGAUGCGGCUUGAUGCGGCUUGAUGCGGCUUGAUGCGGCUUGAUGCGGCUUGAUGCGGCUUGAUGCGGCUUGAUGCGGCUUGAUGCGGCUUGGGUUUGGUUGACGGCUGGAACAUGUUGGAACUCCCAAAAUCUUCAUGGUGGGUCCAAAGCGAUCCACUGGCCCUGCUGGCUGAGUGAACAUCACCUGGCUGAAACCAGGGAAGGGACGGCAACUUAGAGAACUUGGAAAAAUGCGGAGUUUGAGUGG